CGUAGCGUUUGGCCCGGCUCAGCCGCCGUGCUAAGGCCUAUGCGCAUGUGCAGGGUCAACUGAGAGGAAGGUGAAGAUGGCGACGGCCAGGGCGCGGGUCCUGGGAGUCCGAUGGCUGCAAAGGGCUACCCGGACCGUGGUGCCCUUGGGUGCACGGACAGCUUCGCACAUUACGAAGGACAUGCUCCCGGGACCCUAUCCCAAAACCCCGGAAGAACGGGCCGCUGCCGCCAAGAAAUAUAAUAUGCGGGUAGAAGACUACGAACCAUACCCUGAUGAUGGCAUGGGGUAUGGCGACUACCCAAAGCUCCCUGACCGCUCACAGCAGGAGAGGGAUCCGUGGUAUAACUGGGACCACUCAGACCUGAGGUUGAACUGGGGUGAACCGAUACACUGGGACCUUGACAUGUAUAUCAGGAACCGUGUGGACACAUCCCCCACGCCUGUUUCCUGGAAUGUCAUGUGUAAGCACCUCUUCGGCUUCGUGGCCUUCAUGGUGUUCAUGUUUUGGGUUGGGGAGACUUACCCCACCUACCAGCCUGUGGGGCCAAAGCAGUAUCCUUAUAAUAAUCUGUACCUGGAACGAGGCGGCGAUCCCGCCAAAGAGCCUGAGCCAGUGGUUCAUUAUGAGAUCUGAGGUGGCUUCAUCAACUUUGUGCCCCUGAACUGACUCCCUCAUUUCUAGAGGUUUAACCUUAAUGAAAUCCCUAAUAAAACGUAGUGCUUGGUA